AUGCGGCGGGGACCAGCAGCUUCCACUCUGGAGCGUAUGGCCGUGGAGUUCAGCAGACUAUCAAUGGCAGGAUACCAGCUCUGGUCACCAUGGACCCCUCUGGAUGAGAGCUUCCAAUGGCUGCGGCACACAACACCUACACCUUCUUCCAAGCACCCCUUUAGGGCUUCCCCCUGCUUCCCACACACCCCUUCUGACCUUGAAGUGCAGCUGUGCUUUCAAGAGGUCACUCUAGUCCUAGAUAGCCCAUUCCUGGAACCUGGGGUGAGUCCCAAGUUACCCUGCCACACAUCAGAGCUCCGAACCAUAAACAACAAGAAAGGACUGGUCAGGAAGCCCCAGCCUGUCCGCCUCAGUGGAGUGGAUUCGGUCUUUGGCAGGGUCAUCACGGCUCAGCCUCCAAAGUGGACUGGGACCUUCAGAGUUUCAGACAAGUCAGCCUUUUGCAAAAUCAUCAGCCGGGAGCACCAGUGGCCCACUGGACUUAAGGAACCUCAGAUUCAGAUGACAGUGACCAUGUGCAAACAGAUGCUGCGCUCUAUUCUCUUGCUGUAUGCAACAUACAAGAAGUGUACCUUUGCCUUGCAACACUCCAAGUAAAGGGCCCCCCACCUGAUUCCUGUUCCUCACACCAUUCCCUUUGCUAUGUGCCUGAAGCUUGCAGAAACCUGUCCAUGUAAAGGAAACUGACAUUGCCC